AUGACAAAUGCAGAUGACUUAGCAAAUGUAACCUCUUGCAAAUUUCCCGAAAACCCGUAUUGUCAGUACGAGAAAGAGAGACUCUCUCAUUUAAUGAUUCGCUUGGAAUCUUCCUUGUCUUUGUGUGGUCGCUUCAAUCUAAACGAAGCUGAGUUAAAGCUACUUGCAAAAGCAAUGAUUCCUAUAAAGUUGACUGAUAUAAUUGAUACUGCUAAAGCUCUGCGUGGCAAUUUCCCUUCAGAAGCACAUCAGGUGCAGCCGAAAUACGAUGCUCUUUUGGAAAAAUGCCAUUCUCUUCUUGAGGGGAUUGCAGAGCUGAAGUUUCCGCCUGUGAAACCAAGAUGGGCGGAUUUUACCGACGCUGGACCUGGAGUUGCUUGUAACAAUUUCGAAGUACAGUUCAAGGAUGACUAUCGGAUCAGACUGCAUUCUUCCAGGGGUAAUUCGUCUGAUAACGAGGCCGAGAGAACUAACAGCGCAAUCGGCGACAGUAUCGUAGAUGGCGCAACUCUCCAGUGGAACAAACAUAAACGCUUUGAUGGACUAAGUGAUGAAGAUAUAAGUAAACUGACGGUGAAAGAGUUCGAAGAGCACGAGACGGAUAGAAUGGAGAAGAAUGCGUGGUACUGUGCUAAUGAAAUUCGCAAUAGGGUUGAUGGGGCACCAGUGUUUAACGAGUUUAUUAAAUGUUAUUUAACUCCAAAGCAAAGCCCUUUCUUUUUCAACAAAAAAUACUUAAAACAAUUUUAAAGUUGUACUGCCGCUGAGUCAAAACAACAGGUUCCUGGUUACCACUACAUAACGAAUGUUUUAAACUUUAUUGAAAGACACUACAGAAUUGGUGAACUAUAUAUGGAAUAUAUAAGGGACGGAUGUCGGGAAAAUGGAGAGGUAUGCAAGAAAUGUAGUGAAAAGGACUGGGUUGGACCCAGGUUCUCCAGAGUUCCUGCCCUGUAUCCAGAUCCUGAUAAGCCAGGGCAUUAUAUGAGUGUUUUCAACACACCAACCACAGACAAUAACGGGCAGUUAAGGGAAGUGGAUGAUGUCGCUCCCAGGACAGUGAUAUAUAUAUAUAUAAAGCUGGCACAAUCUCAUCGGACAAUGUCGAACAACUUAAAGAAGUAUCCAGUCGCUAUUGUGUUGAAGAGAAGGAUGUCGCAUCAUAUGUUAAACACCUUGAAGAGUUGAAAAUGAUGUCUGCUAUCAGGGAAAACGAAAGAAGAAAAAAACGAGAAAAAGAGUGCAGCAAAACCUAUGAGAACUAUGAUUGGAAUACCCUCAUUGAUUCAGGAAAACUAAAUUCAUUAAAAGUGAUGGAACUUGACAAGUACCUUAAGAGACACGACCUGUCCACUAUCGGAAAAAAAGAGGAUAAAAUCAAACGAAUUAAGGCAGAUUUCUACAUAAAUAGGACCAACGACGCAGCCAUUGAUGCAGAAACUUCAGAUGAUGAUACUUUGUCAGGAGAUGGUGAAUCCGAUUCUGACGAUGAUGAAGUACUUCAGAUAAUUCCAGAAGGCGAUGAAGACGACAAUUCAACUGAGGGAAUGUCUGAGGAUUCUGAUGAAGAAAUUGCAAAUUUGCCAACGAUACGCAGCAGAAGAGCAGCUAGUUUUCCACAUGCAAGAUACUGUACGAAGACUAUUAUGUUUAUUAACUAG